AUGGAGUUUCCUGGACUGGGUAAUGGAGCAAAUACACUUCCCAAUCAAAUGGAGAGGAUGGAUACGAUCAUGUGUAAUGUCAGCUACGGCCUCGAUACUUCUAAACGGAUCAUCCACACCGCCCUUCAAGCUCCAAAAAUCCUCCAUCAAGGAGACCUGCUUUCCCCCUUCUUAUUUAACCUAGUCGUUGAAGCCCUUAAUCUCAUAAUACUCAAGGCAACGAAUAUAGGUUUAUGGGAAGGCGUUGAGGUGUGUAAAAAUGGCCCAAAACUCACUCAUUUACAAUACGCAUACAAUACGAUCAUGUUUUGUCCUCCGAGCCAAACCCACCUAGCAAUAAUCAAGAGGGCACUCAUCCUGUUUCAAUUAGCUUUUGGGCUACAAUUUAAUUUUCAUGAAAGCUCCAUCAUAGGGCUGGACAUUGACGAGCCAUGGAUGCAAACCACGACACAAACACUUUGGUGUAAAACUGGCUCCCUAUCGUUUACAUAUUUGGGCCUCCCCGUAGGCGGAAACGGCUUCCGUCUUGCCCACUGGGAACCAAUUUUUGAUCGAAUGAGGAACAAGUUAUCAACAUGGAAGGGGAGCCUUCUCUCCAUUGGCGGCAGGCUGACUUUGAUUAAAACCUCAUUAUCAAAUCUCCCCUUGUACUACAUGUCCAUCUUUCAUGUGCUUGUUGGAGUGAUCAAAGAAAUAACAAAGCUGCAAUGUCAAUUCUUGGAGCGGGUCUCUCGACAAAAAAAAUACAUGGCACCAGUUUCAUGGAGCCGAGUUCAAUCACCACACGCUUAUGGCGGUAUAAACACAGGGAAUCCCUUACACAAGAACCUUGGCCUUCUUUUCAAAUGGUUGUGGAGAUAUCUCACUGAGCCGGAUUCACUAUGGAGGAACAUAAUCCAAAUCAAGUACACGUAUAACUCAUGUACUACAGCACGGGACUUCAAAAUCCCAAUCCACGGAGGGCCAUGGAAAGCAAUAUGCUCCACUCUUCUACGUCACCCACGAGCCCAGGAAGCAAUAUCUUGA